GUGAUUUUGAAAAAGAAUGGUUUGACUUAGGGGUUGAUUGGACACUUCCAAUUUUAGAAUCAUAAUAUUCCCCAUUAGAUCCCUACUUAUCAUUAACUGGAAAUGAUGGAACAACACAGGAUUUUCUAAGUCAGACGACAUCUCCUUCCUCCUUGUCUGCUCAAACAAAGACAGUCACUUCUACCCUCCAUGAACAGACCAAACUUCCAGUCAUGCUUCACCAACAAAAACCCCUUCAAUCUGACGACAGUAAUGGAACCAGAAAAAGGCGCCUUGAUGAAACAGAGGACUCCAUCCCUUUAUCUCUACUUAGGAAAGACAAUGCUACAAGCAAGAAGUCUUUAAAAACGCAUCACCAUCAGACAGUAAUUUCCACUGAUCCGCGCCACCAGCGAGAUGAGGAACAAGCCAUCUUGAACACAUUUAGAAAAAAUAAUGCCAAAAAAUUUGAGGCACUUAGCACACGCUGUGCGACUCCUGAAAAGCGGGAAGAAAAGUCAGCCCAACCCCUUUACGAGGAAUUUGAGGCGGUAAAUGAGUUAAUCAACUGUAUACAGGCAGAUCUGGCUCAAACGACCUUCCUGGUGACAUAUAUUAAAGACUUUGUGCGCAAAAACUGUAAACGGAGAAUACCCCUCCAGACUUUGUCCUAAGAGAGUUGAUUCAGCAAACAUUUUAUCCGACUCCGUCCCAAGAGAGUCCAUUCAGCAAACUCUGUAAAUGAUGAGGAUUAUCUUCAAAAUGUAGAUAGUGUUAAUUUUUACUGGAAUUUAGUGUUGAUGAUUGACGGUAUGCACGAACUGUCCAAUUACAUUCUCUUUUGAAGUUGUUUAACAUUGGAAUUCAGAUUAAA